CGUUUGCCUCUCACUGGUUAAAGAUCACGGUUAAUAUGUUUCCUCAAAGAGUAUCAUGAAAAGUGGAUUUCAUCCGACUUGUUUCCAGUUUAUUUGCAUCCGCAUGCGUCCUAAAGGCAAACUACGGAGGUAGACGUGUGUAGUUAAGAGUGUCCAGAGUCAUGAAACUUAGUCCUUGUCAAGCCCCAUUAUAUGGCGAGUGUGUUCUAACAGUUCAGCUGUGUGAUGAGGCGCUCGGUGAAGGAGAACAGGGGGAGGUGCAGUUCUUCCUGUUGUUCACUGGCUCUGCUCAGAGACAUCUUACCAGCACACUGAAGGUCAACCAUGCCACCCUUCAGGCUGUGUGUCCAGCUCAUAACUGCUGUGAGCGGGUGCUGGUCACCCUGUGCUCAAUGGGACCAGAUGGUAACAUUCAUACUCUGGCUACGGAGCGCAUGCACUUCGUACAGGACCUGGCCUUCGACAUGGCCCAGUUCCUGGUGAGCACGGUGGGGCAGACAAACCUACUGGAAGAGGCUCUGCUACUGGACGAGCAUCAGAUCCCACUGCAGGAGUGUGAAAAGCUGGACCAGAAUCUGUCCCUGGCCCUCAAACAUAUCACGCUGCCCCCUGGCUGGAGCCUCUUGAGCAAUAACAAACGACGGGAACCUCAAGAGACCCUCCUUCACUUUGCAGCCCGCCGCGGGCUCCUCAGAGUGGCCAGUUUUCUCCUCAAGCAGCCAGGGGCCCGAGAGGCCCUCAACCUGUGUAACAAACAGGGCGCCACACCGGUGGUCAUCGCCCAGAGUCGAGGAUAUGCAGCUCUGGUAGAGCUCUUCAGCCUGGAGGAUUUGGAUACAGAUGUUAAGACGCUCAGACAGGACUCCUCCUCGAGCAGUUGUGUGGUACAGCACCACCACUCUCUGAACACCUACACCCUGUCUUUGGGCACCGAGCCGGGCGGCGCACCACCCAACUUACAGGCCGACAUCCUGGAACUGCACCGACUGAUGCUUUGCCAUUUUCAAGGGAAGGGAGGAGUUGCCUUUCAGCAGAGCUCAGACUCUCCGCACAUUGCCCAAGAAUGUGAUGACGACCUGGAGACCAGGGAUUGCUGUUGUGAAGAGGCACCUCAUGACUCCCUUGAUACAAGAGAACGAGAGUUCACUUCUUUUAACACAGAAGAAAACAAAGGACGUAAUGACCGGCUGGAUCCCUCACAAAACAGGGAGGGUGACGGAGCUCCCUCGCUCAGCUGUGAAACUGCCCCGGCUCUCCUACACAAUGGAAAUAGCGAAGAUCACCGGGCGUGUGCUUGUGAAAACAGUGAGACUGAUUGCAGAGAGCAAGAGGAGCGUUCAACUGCUGGUGUAGUUAGUACCGGUGACGUUGGAGAUAGUUGUGAUGGUUUGCAGAGUGGUUCUGAGGGCAUAGUCAACAGAACCUCUUCCUGCGGAGAACAGAAAGAGGAAGCUGAUAAGGCAGAUGACUUAAUCUGUGAAGCACUGGGGGAAAAUCAGGAAAAAGGGCAAAACUCUGUAGAGGAGAACUUUUCGGAGGAGAAAGAGCUAUCUGAACGUAGCCCCACCGUUGAGGAAGGAGAUAUGGGAAUCACUCAGUCUUUGGACACGCCAGAAAGCUCAGAUGUUGGAUCUUCUUCUCUAGGCACUGAGACUGAUGCUGAGGAAGAGGAUGGAUGCAGAGAUCUCACAGAAUCAGAGGAGGUGCGAGAAGAAAGCAAGGAAGCACCGGAUGUGAAUCCUGAUGGAGAUACACCUCUAGAUAGCUCACACCAAAUUUUGGAAAAUGAAAUGCAUGCUUGUCGAAGCGUUUGUGAAACAACUGGUGACCUAGGAACCCUUAAACUGGUGGGAGACAAUUGUGAGAAGAUCUCGUGUGGUGUGGAAGGUAGACGAGAUCUUGAACCUCCAGGAACCUUUGAUGAAGAAGAAGAAGAGGCCGAUGAGGAGUUUCAGGAGAGUCUAGAAAUGCCAUACAUGGAAACAGAUGGAGACCAACAGAACAAAGAACUUAGUGAUACACCCUCAAGGAUUUCAGUUGCUGAAGAUGAGAGCGUUUUACACCUGCGUGAAGUAAUUCAAGAGCUGCUGCCUGUAGAACAACCAAUUCUUUCAACUGAAGACGUAGUGGUGGAAGGAAGUGAACUUAGUUCUUCCAGCGUCUUACAAACUGAGCUCAAUCCAGAACCUGAAUCCUCCGCAGCAACUAGUGAGGACACCUUAGAACCUGAAGAUCUAGAAGUUCCUUUAGGUUCUGGCUGCGAGGUGACGGAGAACGUUCAAGGGAACCAGAACAACAAACCCGUUUGUGAAUUUCUUGAUUCAGCUAUUCCUACAGAUAUGGAGAAAGUGAGUCUCCGAGAUGACUCUUCUCAGGAUCCCAGACAGGAUAUGAUCUCAAACAAUGAGGUCAUGCAGGACACAGCAGAAAUAGACCUUUUAGAAGAGGAUGCGGGUGUUGUUUUUGUAAACACAGAUGAAUCUGGAGAUCAGUGUAUCUUUAAGUCAAAUGAGUUUCAAAUCAAUGAGGAAAGCCUGGCAGUCAAUGCAGAAGAUCUGUUUGGUGCUUCAGUCCACAGUGACCAUGUAGAUGGUGCCAUACAUGUCCCAAAUGCUCUGGAUGAGGAUGGUAUUGUAGUUCCUUCUGUAUGUCCUGAACAAGCCCAAGCAAACUUAGAUCCUGUGUCUCAAGAAACAGAAGCUGCAGUGCAGGAGGCUGUGCAGCAAAUGGGUGAAGAAGACCUACUGAAAGUGUCGGAUGCACGUUUGGACUUUCAAAGGACAAUGUGGCCGGAUAUCAUGGACAAAAAUGAUGCACUAGUG